GGUGCUGGGCUGAACUGGCUGGGACACGUGACAUGGCAGGUCAGGGCUGGCAACCGGGCGGUUGGGAUUGUUCCCUGAGUGACGCCGCGUGCAGCUCGAGCCCGCCUUGGGCUUCUGGACAGCAGAGCUGCCCGGUAGUGGUGCGGUAGAUAACAGUGCCAGGUCCGGGAUUGCCAGCUACUGACGGUCACAUGACUGCCUGCUCCUGAGGAGGGGCUGGGAGCUCACUGAACUGCUUUGCUGGGUCACGUGCUUCACGGGCUGCUCCUUUCUCACUCGGACGCGGUCAGAUUCCGCAGUAUCUUUAGAGCAAAUGGGGUUUCUGGACCCUCUAUGCUCUGUAGCCGGCCUGUUGUAACGGCCUUGAGGUCUGAUUGUGUUCAUUUUCUCUGCCGUUUGGAGAAUUUACAGAGAGAACUCUGAGGCACAACAGGUCGCUUGUGGGAAAUUCUGGAACUCAGCAAUCAGAACUGUCAGAAUAGGCAGCUGUAGAACAGCUUUGACUAGGGCAGCGAGAGCACACAUGCAGUGGAUACACAGAGAGGGGAGCUCCACCGAGUGGGCAAGCUGACACCCAGCUUCACCUUGAGGCCUGGAUUUUCUUCAACCUUUGAAAGGUUCUCCAUCUCUAACUUAAGGCUGAGUAACUUAAAAAAAAAAAAAAAAAAAAAGUCAGGUGUCUGCUUGGCCACAACGUUUGUGUCAGCAUGUCUUGAUCUGGCCUUAAAUUGUUGAGCUGGUCCAUGAGCAGCGCCCUAGGAGCAGGACACCAGCUCACAUGGACUUGUUUAUGGUGCGGGACUUUUGUGUCAGGUCAGCAGGGUGAGGAAGCACAGACUUGUGUGUGGUCACAGUAUUUGAAGUAACCAGACCUGUGAUAGAACUUCAGCCUACUCUGAGGAACAUUCUUGUCAUUUGUGCAUUUGUGAGGAGAAGACAGGACCCUCGGGUCCUUCCCACUUCAUAGCACAUUCAAGGCCAGUCUGUGGUAGAAAACACUUGAACAUACUUGAUGAGCGUAAGAAAUACUUUCUGUGGGCUAUUUCAUGUCUCACAGUGAGCACCAUGACAAAUCCAUACGUUCAGCGCUUUGCUGACUUAAGACCUAUGUGUGCUUAACUUGUGUUGACUCAUUCCACAUGUAAUUUUAACUUUUUCACUAACUUACUCUUGAAUUCUGCUGAAUAGAUUAUUUGUUUGCAUUUACUGUGUGAGGAAAAAUUUUCUAUUCUUGCUUGAAUAUUCCUCCUAUUUGAAGCGAAUUCACUACUGUCAGAUACUAAUCUGUAUUAUUAUUGUCAUGACCUCCUGACGUUUUCUUCUGGUGUUCACCGAAUCUUCCACUUUGCUCCUUCCACAGCUACACUGACACUCCAUUAUUUCUUCAUUCCCUUUCUGCAGUUCUUGACUGUUGCAGGCCACUGUGGUUCACUUUCCUGGGUCCUUUCUGCAGCUGCAGCUGGGAUGCCUUCCCUGUCCCCUGCACCGGAGGUUCAGCUGAAAUGCUGUCCUUCUGGGAUGUGGCCAUUGAUUUCUCCCCAGAAGAGAAAGAAUGCCUGGAGCCUGCUCAGUGGAAUUUGUACAGGGAUGUGAUGUUGGAGAAUUACAGCAACCUUGUGUUCCUGGGUCUUGCUGGCUCUAAGCCUCAUCUGGUGACAUUUCUGGAGCAAGAACAAGGGCUGGCCGGUGUGAAGAGACAAAGAGCAGCUUCUGUGAAUUCAGCAGGAACAGUGCCCAGUGAUUGUACCAAUCACAGCAAGGUCUCUGAUGGUAACUCACUAUUUAUUCAACGCCAGAAAAUUCAUACAGAGGAUAAACUCUACAAGUGUGAAGACUGUGUUAAGGUCUUUAGUUCUCACUCUAAACUUUCUGUACACCAGAGACUUCAUAGUGGAGAAAAACUCUACAAGUGUGAAGAAUGUCAUAAGUCUUUUACUACUCGCUCAACACUUUCUGUACAUCAGAAAAAUCAUACUGGAGAAAAACCCUACAAGUGUGAAGAAUGUGGCAGAUCAUUUUAUUAUCCUUCAAUGAUGAAGCAACAUCAAAGAAUUCAUUCUGGAGAGAAACCCUACAAGUGUGAAGAAUGUGGCAAAGCUUUUUAUGACCCUUCAUUCCUUAAGAAACAUCAAAGAGUUCAUUGUGGAGAGAAACCUUACAAGUGUGACACAUGCAACAGACUUUUUUCCUAUUCUUCAGACCUUAAAAUACAUCAAAGAAUUCACUCUGAAGACAAUCCCUAUAAGUGUGGGGAAUGUGGCAGAGCCUUUUCUAAGCUCUCUACCCUUAUCAAGCACAAGUCUGUUCAUUCUAGAGAUAAAUCCUACAAGUGUGAAGAAUGUGGGAAAGUCUUUGCUUCUAAAUUGUCCAUGAUUCAGCAUAAGUUAACUCAUAUGGAAGAGAAAUCUUACCAAUGUGAAGGAUGUAGCCAAAUGUUUUACUCAACUUUUGACUUAAUGAAACAUAAAAGAAUACAUUGUCAAGAGAAACUGUACAAGUGUGAAGUCUGUGGAAAAGCCUUUUCUAGUAAUUCUUCCUUGAUUCAGCACAAAAUAGUUCAUACUGGAGAGAAACGACACAAAUGUGAAAAGUGUGACAAAAAGUUUGCCUAUCCUUCAAAACUAAAGCGACAUGAAAGAAUUCAUACUGGCGAAAAGUCCUACAUAUGUGGACCGUGUGCCAAGACCUUUUGUACUCAUGCAGAACUUUCUGUACACAAGAGAUCUCACACUAUAGAGAAAGCACAUACAUGUGAAGAAUGUGGUAAAACUUUUUGUUUGCCGUCAUACCUUCCUUUGCACAAAUUACGUCAUACUGGAGAGAAAUCUUACAAGUGUGAAGAAUGUGCAAAAAUGUUUUGCUGUACUUUAGACCUUAAAAAGCACCAAAUAAUUCAUACUGGAGAGAAAUCAUACAAGUGUCAAGAAUGUCACAAAGCCUUUUGUAAUCAAUCAGCCCUUAAUAGACACAAGGCAGUUCACACAGGAGAGAAACACUACAAGUGUCAAGAGUGUGGCAAAGCCUUUACCUAUUCUUCAGACCUUAAAAGACAUCAAAAUAUUCACUCUGAAAACAAUCCACACAAGUGUGAGGAAUGUGGCAAAGCUUUUGUUAAUCUUUAUAACCUUACUCGACACAAGGCAGUCCAUACUGGAGAGAAGUCCUUCAGAGAUCUUAAAAUGUUUAUACUUCUUCAGCCCUUAACAGACAUCAGAUGAUUCAUUCUGAAUACAAACUGUGUGAGUGUGUGCAGUAUGGUAAAAUCUUUGCUAACAAUUCAGAUUGUUUUGGUUUUUUGUUUGUUUUCAAGACAGGGUUUCCCUGUGUAGUCUUAGUAGUCCUGGACUCACUCUGCAGACAAGGCUGGCCUUGAACUCACAGAGAUCUGUCUGCCUCUGCCUCCCAAGUGCUGGGAUUAAAGGUGUGUACCACCAUGCCCAGCAACAAUUCAGAUCUCAUCCAACUCAAAUGAUUCCAUACAGCAGACUAUUAAGUUAAUUAUUUUGGGGUGUCACCACAAACCUCUAACGUCCAUCAACACAUAAUUCAUUAUGUAUUCAGUGCCAGAGAAUUCAUAAAGGGAGAAAACCUACAAGUGUGAAGAAUAUAAUAAGUCUUUUACUUUACAUUCAACACUUUUUUUAAAAAAAAAUUAUUUUACAUGCAUUAGUGUGAAGGUGUCAGAUCCCUUGGAAUUUGUUACAGACAGUUGUAAGCUGCCAUGUGGAUGCUCGGAAUUGAACCCAGGCCCUUUGGAAGAGCAGACAGUGCUCUUAACCACUGAGCCAUCUCUCCAGCUCUAUACCAGACACUUCAUGCUGGGGAAAAACCCUACAAGUGUAAAGAAUGUCAUAAGGCCUUUAGUACUCGCUCAUCACUUUGUAUAGAUGAGAAAAAUCGUACUCAUGAAAAAAAAAAACCUACAAAUGUGACGAAGAUCGAAGAUCAUUUUACUAUCCUUCAGUGCUGCUGCAACAUCAAUGAAUUCAUUCUGGAGAGAACCCCUACAAGUGUGAAGAAUGUGAACAGUAAAAGAUUUUACUGUUCACAACACCUUCAGGAACUUCAUGCAAUUUGUACUGAAAAGAAACCAUGCAAGUGUGAAGAAUGUCAUAAUUAUUAUGGUAAUUAUGAAAACUUUAAGAGACACAAGACACCUCAUACUGGAGGAAAAAAUCCUGCAAGUGUGAACAGUGCAAGUUUGAAGAAUGUGGAAAGAGGUUUUCUCAUUCUCCAAGACUUCAGGAACAUCAAACCACUUAUACCAGAGAGAAACCAUACAGGUGUGAAUUAUGUCACAAAGUCUUUUGUUAUCAUGCAGCCCUUAGGAGACACAAGGCAGUUCAUACUGGAGAGAAACCCCACACAUGUGCAGAUGUUUUUCCACUUCUUCAUCCCUUACAGGACGUCAAACAAUUCACUCUGAAGGCAAUCUCUACAAGUGCGAAGCUUAUGGCAAAUGUUUUACCUUCUCUUUACCCCUUUGAAGGUAUCAAAAAAAAAAAAAAAAUCAGUCUGAAGAAAACCUCUACCAGUAUAGGGAAUGGGGAAAGGCCUUUGUUAAUUUUUAUGGCUUUACUGAACACAAGGUAAUUCAUACUGAGAAAAAUCUUACAAAGUUCUUAAAGUUCACACUUCUUCAGCUUUUAAAUGUCUUUUGAAAGACAUCAAAUGAUUGAUUCUAAAUACAAACUCCAUGAGUGUGUGCAAUGUGACAAAAUCUUUGCUAACAAUUUAGAUCUUAAAAGAAUCCAUCAUGCAGACUAUUAAUUAUUUUGGAAUGUCAACACAAACAUCUAACUUUAAACAGCACUAAUGCUAAGAAUGUCAUCAGAGAACCAGAGACACUUUGCUGUAACCUCUGCAACAGUGUUUUCAAGCAAUGUGUUUGAAUCUUGAAUGGAUUAAUGAGUUUCUUUCUUGUGUAACUUUAAAUGUUCAUGAAACUGUUACCAUGUCAUAACUUGGUUCUUUAGGUGCCCUGAACCUGAAAUCUAGGCUGUGGUAAAGUUACUAUUGUUUUCCCUGUUGGGUCACCCAAACUUCUGUAAUAUCAUCUCCCCCAAGUGUGUAAGAAGCUCCAUAAACUCACACUUCUAACAAGUUGGACUUUGGUGAACUGGUCUACAUUGGUACCAGUCUAGGGCAAAUGGUCAUUACUGUUUCCUCCUCAAAAAGAGGGAACAGAACACAUUAUUAGUCAUAUUUGGUUUAGAAUAAAGAAAUCCUUUAUUUCCUUUGAGUUCAGAACAGUGUUUUUCAUAUGACUCCAACUAUCCUGUCAUUGAAACUUGGCAGCAUAUUGAAAUAAGGACCAAACCCACAUGCACUCACUCAGCAGAAGUGAUGUGUUUGAUUAGUGGAUACAUGAUUGUCAGUCAUGAACCGUUAUAGGUGUAGUUCUUACUAUUGAUACAGAUCUUAAGAUUACGAAUUUAAUGUUGACUGUUAAAACAAGUGCAAUUAAAACCUAAACAUUAAUAGCCAUUAACUUGUAAAUGACUAAAUAUUGCUAAUGUGCCCAUAAUUGUGUUUCAGUCAUGCUAAGUACAAAUGAAAUUUAUUUACAGAAAGAAAGAUGAGAAGAAAAGGCCCGUUUAUAUUGUUUUAAAAUAAAAAUCCCUAUCGUCUGAUUUUACCGAUAAAGACUCAAGAGCCAGAUGCUGGGGUGCAAACUUACUAGCUCAGAGAUACAGAGAGAGCACCCAGCUGAUCUUCCUACUCAGAUAUGUCCCAGAGGAGAAAGCCUUUCUAUUCAGCUCACAUCCCAGAAGGAAAAAGCCAAAAGCCCCUUCUCCUUCUCUGUACUAUCUUAAAUACCUUUCAACUCAAUGUCCUUACUCUCUGUUUACUCCUUGUCAGCUGGUUUCUUGCUCUGUCUCUAGGGUUAACUAUAUACUCCUGUGUACAGAAAGUUUUUGGAUUAACAGUGUGUGUUAGGGCUGAGCCACACCAAACACAAACAUACACCUAUAUGCACAUAUAUAUACAAUCCUGGUGGCAGGGCAAAGGCAGGGAAAAAGUCUAAGAAUUAUUGGUCAAUAAAAAAUGAAUAAUUAAUGUAUGUUCUGAGCAGUCAACCAUUCUUUUUACAUGUGGGCCUCCCACAAGAGAGCUGGAAAUUCAGAAUAUUGAAAAUUAAUUAGUUUUAUAAUUUAACUAAAACAAUUAUUUAAAUAUAUGUCUUUGAUCUCAUUACUUUGGUAGACAAAGACGAUAAGCUCUAUGUGAGCUCAAAGCCAGCCUAAUGUAUAAAACAAAUCCAGAUAUCCCUGGCUAUGCAAAAAUAACCCUGUCUCAAUAAAAUUAUUAUAUAUCUGUUAAAGAGUAUAUUUAAACUCCAUACACUCUUGUUCUAAUUUAUCAAAAUGAAAAUUGAUAAUAUUAUUCAUCCCCUUUAAGUGAAUUCAAAAUAUAGCAGACCUAGAUAAAGAUCGGGGUGCUAAAUUAACUCAAUCUAAAAAAUGAUGGAUGUAAACUGGAGGACAACAGCUAUGUUAGUUUUGAGAGAUGAUUUCCGAUUAUGUCAGUAGGAAAGAAAAAGUUCUGGAUUCAAUCUAAAGUGACAAAUAUCAGAUUUGACAGAGAGAAUUCUAUUUUACCUGUAAAUAGGAAGAAAAGAAAAAUCCUGUCAGAUAUACUAGGCCGGAAGGGUGAAGCUGAUGUUCCAGUGUUACAGAGAGAUAUUUUGGGUGACUUUCUAGUUAGCAAACUGUCAUUUCUAUUCGUUUUUGAAGCUGCUUGCCUGUACUUCCUUCUUACUCAGGUAAUGAUUUUAUCCCUUCUGAAGUCUAUGAUGGGGGUGAAGACUAGGUAGUUAUAGUCUUACAAUUAACCUUCAUCAUUUAGAAGUUAUGAAAAUAUUUUAAGGUCUAAAAAGGUUGAGAAAUACAAGAUAUGAUAGAGAAUAGUUCGGGUACAGAACUUUAGACUCAUCAAGAUCGGAUAGAUAGUAAGUACCUUCUCCUAAGUUGCUAGAUGCAUAUGGACCGGACAACCUAAUAGUUUUCCUGAUUGUUUCAUAAUUGUCUUUACUGUAUGGAGUUUAUUAAAAAAAAUAAUAGUCUUUUUUUUUAGACAGAAAAGGAGAAUUGUUUUUGUUAUCUGGAGGUGCUAUGUAUUCAAGGGUUAAUUGUUCGUCCCCUGAGAUCUUUACUGUUCUAUGAGCAAAUGCUCAUGCACACCAAGUGAUGCUGUGUAACCUUGCCUCCCAAAUUAUUCCUGAGUGGCCAAUAAAAUUGCCUAUACCUGGGCUGAGCAGAAGAGAGGUAGGUGGAGCUAAGGUUCAGAGGCUUGGGGGACAGAAGGCUCAUGGGAGAAAGAAGUGUGGAGAAGAAGGAGAAAAGAGGAGGCUGCCAUGGGUUAGUGUGAACUACAAACACAUGGCCAAGAGCUUGCUCUGAGGAUUGGCAUGAUGGGGAGAAGUAGCCUAAAUGGAAACAUGUGCAAGUAUUUCGGAUUUGUCCUGGGGAGCAGACAAGAUAACUUAGAGGGAUAAUAUCUGCCUAUCCCUUAUUAGGCUUAUUAAAAAUCCUAACAGGCUUCUGUGUCAUUUAUUUCUAUAACAGUGUGUUAAAUAACAACUGGUGCAUUUAAUAAUCAUAUGGAUCAAUAUUAAAUACAAAUAAUCUUCUACAACAUAUAUACUUUUGGGAGCCAUUGAUCUGGCAGCUGCUUUGAUAUUUAAAUCCCAGGGGAAAGACUGCUUUUACCAGGCCUUCACUGAAGUCAGGGAAGAAUUUGCAAGUCCAUCUUCUUUUGUUUGUGACAGCAGGUGGGAUAGCUUGUGAAGAUCACGCCUCUUGCUUCAACUCCUUGUAAAUUUAACCCAUUGUUCUGAGCUGUUUUUACUCUGGCUAAAAAGUUCUCUGCAAUAAAAAAGUCAGGCUGCUGCUGCUAAGGCUGCUGGUGGCUGAUUGAGUCUGGAGCCUCUCAAAAAAGUCUCCUGUGUGUUGUGUGCUAGUUUAUUGAUUUUAAUCCUCACUCCCAACUCAAGAACCAUUCAACUCUGCUGGCGGGCUGCAGCAAUAUACUCUGCAGGCUCUGGUCUGGUGGGAAAGCAGUGAACUUGUGUUCUGCUCCGACAGCCUCCUUGUGUUCUGCAGUAGAGAAGGUCUGUCCCCUACAUGGACCUUAUUGUGCAUGGUUCCGUGAGUGAAAUUCCGUAGCUCAACUUCCACCCACCUGAGUACCCUUGGGGGUUGUGGCUGGGUGUUGACUAGGUUUAGGUUCCUGACAAGACCAUAAUGGGGAGCUUAGUGCUGGGCAUGUGUGAGUUGAAGUGGAAUAGACAUGGAGUUUCUGAGAAUCAGUAAUACAGCCUCAGAAAGAAGGUUGGCACCCCUCAUUGCACACAGGCAGGACAGAGGAACUCACAGCUUCCAGUCACCUCAAUUCCAACUUGAGCUCAAAUAGUGGCCUGACUCCCUGUUUCAUGGUGAGGGUCAGAAAAAGGUGUAAAACCUAAGGCACAGAACAAUAGCUGAGACAGCAUACAUUGAAUAGAUUAUUCAGUUAUUCAUUCAGCAUCCAUAGAAAUGACAUAAGGCAUGGAAUUAAUUGAAAAUUGUCAUGCAUUUCUUUACAUGCAUUUCAACAUCUUUACUGUUAGAAGGGGAGCCAGGAGUGGGUACAUGCCUUUAAUACCAGCCCCAGGAGGCAGAGGCACACAGAUCAAAGUGAGUUUUAGGCCAUCCUGGUCUACCAAGUGAGUCCAGACAGUCAAGGCUACACAGAGAAACCCUGUCUCGGGGAAUUGGGUAGGGAAAAGCAGAGCCAAUGACCAGGGAUGGAGUCCCUGUUAGGAAUUUUUUCAGUUACCAGACUCUGGACAAGAGAAAACAACUUCACCUAACUGAUUGGAGUCCAAAAGUCCUACGUUGGUUUUGGUGUCAGGGAAUAGAAUGCUCAUUCUAGGACCUUCUGGCCCUGAUUUCGUUAGGUUUAUAAAGCCAAACCACAAUCACUCAUACCAGAGGCAGCCUGAAAUAACAGACUCAAACAAUUUGUUUUAUGCUGUAAAACAGUGGGUCUUCCAUAGCUGCAGGUGAGGCUGCAUGAUGUUUUCUCAGCACUGUUCGUUAGCUCGGAGCAGUUGAAUAAAACUCAGGCAAAUGGAGUCCCUUUGAACAGUUCUGUAACAGACUUCACACUGUUUGUGUGCAUCUGAAAGUUUGUACACUUUUCUACAGACCUAGGUAUGAAGUCAUUGUAAAAAAUGUAAAUACAUGGGUUUCUUUCAUACUCAUGUUAAUGAAAAUCAUCCUAAGAGCUGUUUGUGAAUGAUGAAAAAUUUUAAAAAUGUUUUCUUAUCACAUACUCAGUACUAAGGAUUUAAAGUGCAUGUCCUUUGUGGAUAUAUAAAGAUUAAAACUGCAACUAGGAGAAUGCUUAACAGCUCAUCAAUAAGCUUCAGAAUUCUGUGGAUUCAAGAUUUAUUUUACUUUGCAUUGUGAUAUUCUGUAAUUUAUAAGUGUGCAUUGCCUAUAAUAAUUUUUUACAUAUAUACCCUGUAUAUUUUAGUAAAUGAAUAAAAAAAUAUAAGGAGAGGGUAAAAUAAAGCUAUUGAGAGGUUCGGAAACUUAGAGUUAAUUCCUGGGACUGGGGCAAAAUCACAGUCCUUUCAGAGCAGAGGUCCAGCAGCAGUCCCCUACCCAGAUUAACCUUAGAGUGUGACUAGGGUCACAUAGGCCCUAAGAAAGCCCAUGGAAUGUGUUAAUUCCCUCUCCCCCUUGUUACAGCCUAACCUGCACUUACGGGGGGGGGGGGGGUCAGGUUUCCCCCAGUUAGCCAGACCUUACCAUUUGCACUUUUGGCGCCUAAAAGCAAACCAAUCAUUUUAAAGGUCAGCUCCCCUAGAGACCCUUUCACCCAAUCCUGUAACGCCAAGACCUACACUUCCCUGCUUGCGUUUUGACCCCUUAAAAACCCUGUUCCCCCAGAGUUGGGGGUUGCUUGCCCCUUUGUUUUUGUAAGGGCAGCCACCCAGUUCGAGUUUGUAAUAAAGGACCCUCGUGUGUUUUACAUCGGA